AUGGGUUCCGUCGAAGAUCACCAAAAUGCGGCGAUUAUAGCUGUCGCGGCUACGUUUAUGACUGUGGCGUUUAUCACAGUGGCUCUCCGAUGCUAUGUCCGACUUCGCCUAGUGAAGGCGUUCGGCUGGGAUGAUACCGCGAUGUUGGUCGCUAUGGCCUGUUAUAUAAUGUUUUCAGGAUCCAUGAUUGGGGCUGGUCUCCACGGAAAUGGACGGCACUGGUAUAGUGUCGCCGCUGAAGAGCGAGUGAUCGCAAUGAAGUACUGGUGGUUAUGUGAAAUUGCAUUCUGCUUUUCAUCGAUUUUCUGCAAGAUCUCAAUUUGCAUUUUCUUGAUGCGUAUCUGCAUCAAAAAAACGCACCUCUGGAGUUUAUACUCGGUCAUGGCCGUCACUGUUUUGGCCGGCCUUAUUUUCAUGUUCCUCAUGCUCUUGCAAUGCAAGCCAUUGUCAUUCUUCUGGACCCGGAUGGCCUACCACCCAGUCCACAACAUUGAAGGCCAAGGCUACUGUAUCAACAUGGAAAUUAUUGUCGCCAUGACAUACGUUUACAGUGUCGCCGCUGCAGCUUGCGACUUCACCGUUGGCAUUUUACCCAUUUUCGUCGUCCACCAACUACAAAUGAAGAAGCAGACGAAGGUUGCUGUGAUUGGAAUUUUGAGUAUGGCUUGCAUUGCCUCCUCCGCUGUUAUUGUUCGCAUCCCGUUCGUUGACACUUUUCUUGAUCUGGACGACUUUUUAUUUUCGACCGUCCAAAUCGCAUACUGGUCGAACAUCGAGAUCGGUCUAGGAAUUACCGCCGGCAGUCUCGCAACCCUCCGUCCCCUCCUCCGCCACUGGUUCGGCUCGCGCGCCGAUCCCUCAUACUCAGCCGGCUUUCCCAAACAAUCAUACGGGCGCCGUACCGGCGGUGGUCUCAGCGGUGCACAUGGAGCGUCGCUACCAUUGGGAUCAAUCAGUCAAGCCGAAGGAGGCGACUUGCGACCCGAUAAGGUCUCAGUCAUGGUAACGAACAUCGAAAGCCACAGAGACUCAAAGAAGUCCUGGCCACGGCCAUCCAGCCCGAGCAGCAGCGAAGAAGGGCUGAACGUGCACCAUCCACCUCUCCCUGGAAGAAUGGAAGUGGGAGUUCACCAGACGUUCGAGGUUAUCCGAACUGCCGCUGAGAACGAUGCCAAUGAGGGGUAUCACCAUCACAGAUUUGAGAGGGAAAAUGUAUAG